AUGUACUACGAAUUGCUUGCUAUUGCCCGUAUAACGGAUCCAGCUAAUGUUUCCAAAGAAGCUACCAGAAUUGCAUCUACUGUUGGUAGGUUGAUUCUUAACAAUAGAGGUGUUAUAAGAGAAAUAACUAGUAUUGGUGCAAAACCGUUACCACGUAUUAUGAAAAAAGAACAAGAAAGACAUUUCCAAGGAUAUCAUUUCCUUAUUGGAUUUGACAGUUCAGGUGGUGUUCAAUCACAAUUAUUAAGAACAUUAAGAAAUGAUCCAAGAGUGUUGAGAGCAAUUAUUAAGAAGCAUGAUAUUACUUCGGCUAUGAAUCCAGGUAAUUCUGUUCACCAAGCAUUAAAUUCUAUUCCAAAGUAG